UCUUGCUUGUGAAUCAGACAUAAUUGAAACUCUUCAAAUGCGACUCACUCUCCUUCAAAUGACCUUUGGCAAACACAUCGAACGCAGACACUGUUGUUUUUUUGCUGGAGAGAUUCUGGAUGAAGUCUACAGAGUUCUGAAUUAUAUUAAAUUGACUCCAGUUCCAUUGGCCCGUCCCUAUAAAGUAACAGAUGAACUAUUUGAUCUCUCAACAAUGGCUAUGGAGUACUUCAAGGAACACAUAGAACCUACACUUCCAGAAAUUGCAUACUUUGAAACAGAAUUUCUGGACUUCGCUUCCUUCUCAUCUACUGGUUCAUCAAGUAGCAAACCAUACAUGUGCCUGGAUUCUCCUCCUCAUGGUAAAAGCUUUGAUGCUGGUAUAUCUGAAGAUAUUGUUGAUUCUCCUCCUCAGUCAAAUAUGGUACUACGUAAGCGCAUUUGUAAAAUUAAGCAAGGAAUGAAAAGAUAUAAUAGCCAACUUUCAUUAAUGAGGCGAGAUUUGAGAAAUUGUAAAACGCGGAUGGCUGAUCAACAGAAACAAAUUCUUGAGUAUGCCAGUCGUUUGGAUGAAACAGAUAAAAAAAAUGAAGAAACUUCACGUAAAUUUAGCAGUUUGUUACAGGAAUUGAACAAGUGCAAAACAGAAUUACAGUAUUGGCGUUCCAAAUCUCCUGCAAAUCCAUUAGUGUGUACCUGCGGAAAAGUCUUGGCACCAGUGCCGAGUGAAGACCUCCAGGCACUAAUCAACCAGGGAGUUGUGCCUGAAGGUCUGGGCAUGGACUCAGAGGAAAGUGAAGGUGCCUUACUUCCUGGCAGCUGUGAAAUACUGCCUGUAGCCAGCACCAGCGGAGGACAAGAAGCAAACCCAGAACAGAGUGAAGGUGGAUCGCAAGAGAGCUGUUCAGGCAGUGUAUGGAACCAGGAUGGUUGUCAAGCUCAAACGAGAACUGACUGUCAUGUUCCAGCUUCUAAGAAUGAAAAGGAUGCACAACCCAUGUCACCACAGCCAUGUAGUUCCAACAAGCCUUGUGGUUCAAAGCGUAAAGGAGCUGAAGAGUUAAAUGUUUGUCACGAAUCAAAGAAGACACGUCGAAGCAAAAGGUCAAAAGUGUAAUGUUUUUCUUGAUUUUUAUUGAUUGAAUUAGGAUCAAAAUAAAUUUACUACACUUCUUAGA